UAAAAGCGGCAGCCUCGAAGCCAAUGCCAUCCAUUGAACCGCCGGAGCUCCAUCAAGAUGCGUCUCUAUCUGCUGUUUGCCUUCGUCCUAAGCUGCUGUCUGCUGCAUCUGUCGGCAGCCGGAGUGAGCCAUGGCCUGGGCCAGGGACUACUGGGUGUGGGCCACCAUCGCAACUUGACGGGUUCCCCGCCACCACGUGGUGCUCCGCCGCCACCACCACCCAGCACCACAGCCUCCUCGGGGUAGCAGAACCUUGGAUACGGAGAUUGGAUCGACCCCUAAUAUGACCCCGUACCUUUGUUGUAUAAGCACAUUAGUUUCAGAAUAAACAGAGCAUUGUCACACAGCAAAAAUCAA